AUGCAUCUUCAUACCCCUCUCUGCUUCACCCCUCUCUCUCAUUUAUCUCAUUAUCUCCCUCUCCCCAUUCUCUCCCCUUACCGCUAUUUAUUUUUGCUUUUUCUUUCUUUUUCAUUUUCAUCUAUUUCCUGUUUUACACUCCAAACAUACAAUUUCUUUCAUUCAUUCUUGCUUUCCUCUCUCUUUUUCGUUCGUACACUCUCGCUUUCUUUCAUUUUAUUUAAAACCCUUUAUUCUCUGUUUUCAUUUCACUCUCCCUAUCAUCUGCUUCUUCCUUCUUUUCUUUUCACUCUCCCUAUCAUCUGCUUCUUCCUUCUUUUCUUUUCACUCUCCCUAUCAUCUGCUUCUUCCUUCUUUUCUUUUCACUCUCCCUAUCAUCUGCUUCUUCCUUCUUUUCUUUUCACUCUCCCUAUCAUCUGCUUCUUCCUUCUUUUCUUUUCACUCUCCCUAUCAUCUUCUUCCUUCUUUUCUUUUCACUCUCCCUAUCAUCUGCUUCUUCCUUCUUUUCUUUUUUAUUCCUUUCACCUCCUUUCUUUUGUAUUUAUUCUCUUUUUUAUUCGGAAUUUUCCGAUGGAAAAAAAAAACUACACCGUAGCCAAUUUCCAUUGGUCCAUUCUUCUAAAAAGCAUUACCCACAAUUCCCCGCGUUACGGACAAUAUUGA